AUGUCUCAUUAUGGCUCCAACGACUCAAUUGGAGCCGCGGUCAGAUCAACAGCCAAAGCGACCGUUGCGCAGAGAGCGCCUCCGAAUCUCGAACGCUUGUCAAUUUUGUCGGUCAAGAAAGGUGAAAUGCGACGGCGGUCGACCAGAUGCCAGGGAAAAGAUGAAAUUUGCCUUUACAACAAAGAGACCCUCGCAGUUGGAAGGAGAACUAAAGGCAAGGCUGCGGUCGCCCGCACCGCACCAAACCGCCGUCCAUCGAACGAAGAUGAACCUGCUUCAUUGCAACAACAACUUGACGAUUCAGAACUCGAGCCACCAUUGGGCUCAAAACAUGUCGGCGAAGAGGAAGAUGUAGCUCUUGAUCCAAAUCAGACUUACUAUACACCCCAUUGCCGGUUUGACGGCAAGGUUAAGGAGGUGGUAGCCGCAAAUGACCAGAAGGCAGGCCUCGCACCCCCUGCGGUUUCAAACCUCGUCCCCUUCGUGGACGCGCCUCUAUUUGGAGAACUUGACCUCGACUCUCGGAUAAGAAGCCAGGACUUUGUCGCUCAAUUGCCUGUUCGUUCGCGCGCUAAUGAAUUGGUUAGCUUUUACUGGUGGCGUGUAGACACUAUAGAGCCGAUAUUAGACCGAAAACGGUUUUUUCACGACUAUGAGGCCUCUUGGGUAAGAUCAUGGGACAUACUCCUAGCAGAUCAUGAGAUAUGGCUUUCCAUCCUCAAUGUCGUCUUUGCUUUGGCUGUACAACGACAAGAAUUGAUACCUGUGCGGGAGCGGAAUGCAGAAGCAAACCUAUAUUUCCAACGGGCUUGGAUGCUUUUACGCCCAGAAAAGUUCCUUUGGGAGCCUGGCUCGGUUCAGUUGGUUCAAUGCUUGAUGUUGAUCAAUCGAUAUCUUCACUGCACCUCUCACCAACAGAAGACCUGGAUGACUGGGGGUUUAGCAUUGCGAAUCUCCCAGAAUAUGAAUUGCCAACCCCCUGAUGUAUCUUCAUCUCCUGACUCUAAUAGUGAGCGAGAGAAAAGGCAAAAGGUCUGGGUAAGCUCCCUGAUUGAUGAUAAAGACUUCUUGCCUUUGAGUGGCCCUCAACUUGACUUUAGAUGUGUUUCUUGGUCUCUUGGAAGGACAUCGGUGCCGUCAAUGAUCCCUCUGCCUGACGUGACUACUCAAAUGUCUUCCGUGGGUGAUGAUAAUGAGUUGUGUACCGACCAUGAAUGUGCCAUCCGUGGACUUGAGCUUCAUGAGAUUGGCAAUCAAAUUCAGCUGGCCCAAGUACAAACGCGGAAUACAGUAGCCUCUAGGUUGGGACUGCCACGACUAUAUCAACAAGACAAAUAUCACACCGUGGCGAUACAGCUAGACAGCUCCCUUGAGAGAUGGGAGAAUAGCCUUCGGAGCGACUGGCAGUUCAGGAAUUUACAGAAUAUUGCUGACAACUCGGUCCGAGCGAAGGCAGUUUUGUUGCAUGCUCGCCUUCUUGGUACUCGAAUAUUUUUGUACCGGCCCAUGCUUGCCCGAUAUUUCUCCAUGAAAUCUAGCGAUCAAGCGUCGACCGAUAUUCCCAGUCUGAGUGACCGCCUGUUCAAAGAAUGUGCAGGGAUUUGUGUUGAAACGGCUCAGAAGAUUGUCAGCAUGAUUUUGGACUCGCUUGAGCCAAAUGUAUCGAUGGGCCUUUUGCCAUGGUGGUAUCGAGUCUAUUAUCUACAUAUCGCAGGAACCACUUUCCUUGCGGCAAUGCUGAGUGACCUUUUCACCGAAUCAGUGUCGCAAUCUUGGCAUAGCAUGUUGACUGGACUUCGUGAGCACAAGCAUUUAAGCUUUGCAUCACAACUUUUGAAACGCUCUCAGAGCGGAUUUUUGAAACGCGAAAUCCUAAUAUCAAUCAAAGUGGAGAUUUGA